CUAGUUUUCCGAGCAAGCAAAACAUUCCUCUCAAGGCAAGCACUGCAGACGAAAUAAUAUUGCAUUUAUUGGAGGAUUACACAGAAAUCGGAUACAAGACCGGAUUUUGUUCAGACGAACUGACCUUGUCAUAGCAAGUUGUAAACAGUCUCCUUGUUUACAAACACGACCAGGCCAACAAGAAGAUAUUGGUGGGAAUUGUUUGUUGCCAGUGAGUGCACUUUUGAGGUCUGCAUGUCUGAGCUAGAGGACGCAGACAUUAAUAAACUGAACAAUGAGAGAGGAAAUAGCGGCAGCUGUUGUCUUUCUGAAAAGACUAAUGCAGAAAUGUGAGUCCCUUCCCAGUGGAAAAUUGGAAAUAUUCACAAAAUGCCUGUCAUCAGUGUUGAUUGACCGAUUCCGGGACCAUUGGUAUAAGGAAAGGCCAACCCGUGGACAAGGGUAUCGAUGUAUAACAUUCAGCCCAGCAGAACCUGUGGAUCCAGUCUUGGAGAGGGCUGCUUGUGAGUCUGGGAUCAAUCUCCAGGAACCAUUGUUGCCCAUAGAGAUGACACUUUGGGUGGAUCCUAAUGAAGUGUGCUGCAGGUUUGGUGAUAUCAAAGCCAACUAUUGCAUGGUUGCAACAAUGAAGAACGGAUCACUUGACAACAAGGCCCACACCCUGGAUGUGUCCGACUUGAUCCUCCAGGCCAAGGAGCUCUACAACAAGCAGCUGAACAUCACCACAACUCGUGUCAACUCCAACUCCAAGCCCUUGGACAAACCCAAGUCAUGGCAGGUGCCUACAAACAGCCGCCCUGUCUCACAGACUGACAACCAUCACUUCACCAACAACCACAACAACAACACCUCGGCCGACAGAGACACCAGACCAGUCGACAACAGCAGCAACAACAGCAACAAAAAGUUCUUUAACCAGAAUCACAGACGGCAGCAACAGUUUAACAAUUUCAACAACAGGCAGCCUUUUGGACAACUGGACAAUGGUCGACCGUUCAUCCCCCCAGAUUUCAGUGUUCCCCCACCCCCUCCCCCUCCUCCCAUGGGUUUCAAGCCCUGGCAGGCCCCAGGGGCGUACUCCCCGCCCGCUAAGAACAAGAACUUGAAUACCAGUUUCCGCAACAAGGGCUUUAACUACAAACAUGGGCAUCCCAAGCUAGGACAAGGAGUGCCACCCAACAACGAUCGCUUCCACUGGCAGAAAGAUUUGAAGACUGUCAGUUAAAACCUUCGCACAGCAUUUCUAUGUGUGCAUGGUCUUUGUGGUGAAUGAUCAGUAAUGUUGAUUUUUUUUUUAAAGUCUGUAACCCAAAUUAAUGGCUUCAAAAUUUAGGAAAA